CUGUAGCAAAAUAGCAGGACCAUUUGGUAAAUUUGCUUAUGGCUUUAUUUUGGAACCACAAAACCGACUUUAUCUUUAGACGCCGUGCCCGGCCCGGAAUAACGCCCCGAUACCAGAUUGUCGCCUUUACCCUUCAUGUCGGCCUUUAUAAAACCCUGGUUCGUUCCUUCUCUUCCUCCAAUCGGAACUGGCAGCUGGUAGCUAGGGUUUCACAUUUCAGACCACAGAUUCUUAGCUUCUAGUCCUCUCGUUACAGCGAUUCACUAUGGAUUUCUCCAAGAAGCGGAAGGUCGACGAAUUCGGCGUUCCAUCCUCGCCCGACGACGGCACCGCGAACGCCGUUGCAGCAGGCGCAAGCUUAACACAAGAAGACAUCCGGAAAAUCAUCGAGCCUUUCACCAAGGACCAGCUCCUCGACAUCCUCCAGACCGCCGCCGUCAACCACUCCGACGUCCUCGACGGCAUCCGCUCCCUGGCCGACAGUGACGUCACUCUCCGCAAGCUCUUCAUCAGGGGACUCUCCGCGGAGACGACAUCGGAGACCCUCCGCACCCUCUUCUCCACCUACGGGGAGCUGGAGGAGGCCAUUGUCAUCUUGGACAAGAACACUGGGAAAUCGAAGGGGUAUGGUUUCAUUACCUUCAAGCACAUCGAUGGUGCUCGGAUGGCGUUGAAGGAUCCCAGCAAGAAGAUUGAUGGGAGGAUGACGGUCACGCAGCUGGCCUCGGCCGGGCAAUCCAGCUCCGGCGGUGCUGUCGAUGUUUCUUUGAGGAAGAUCUAUGUGGGUAAUGUGCCUUACGAUAUACCUUCAGAGAGGUUGUUGUCUUUCUUCUCGAUGUAUGGGGAGAUUGAGGAGGGACCUUUAGGGUUUGAUAAGUCAUCUGGAAAGACCAAGGGGUUUGCUUUUAUGAUUUACAAGACUGAGGAAGGUGCCAGGGCUGCGAUUGCCGAACCAACCAAGAAUAUUAAUGGGUUUCAAGUUAUUUGCAAACUGGCUGCCGAUAAUAAGAAAGGCAAACCUCAUGGAGCGGACAAUUCACAGAUGCAACCUAAUCUACAGCAGCCCACGAUGCAACAGCAACAGCCACCUUAUGGCUCGGGCGGUAUGCCACCAUAUGGAGGUUAUUCUGGCGGAGUGAACAGCAAUAGCUAUGGGAUGAAUUCGUCUAUGCCGGGAGGGAUGGGUAAUGGUGUUUAUGGUGGUCAGUAUGGAGUUUCUCAAUACGGGGGACCUGGUUCGGGUGAGUAUGGAAUGAAUAGUGCAGGGGGUUCGAUGUUCAGACCUCCUCCAAGCUCUGCUGGUAUGGGUGCUGGUGGUUAUCCAGAGAGUGGGCCUUAUGGUAUGCCUCAGCAACACCAGCCACCAUCAAUGGCGCCUAGACUUCCACCAGGUGGGAUGUACCCUGGUGGCCCACCCUACUACUGAGGUAAUUUUCUGUUGGUUUGGGUUUGCUUGUGGUUGUAUAUGUGCUGCAAUCAUGUUAUCAGGGGCAACCUGGUUUGAAUUAUUUGUGUAUUUCUGUUGCCAAUUGCGUUACUGAAUCUCCGUUUCGUGUUUGCACCUAUUGACUGGUAGUGUUAACCUGUUAGGUGGGCGUCAAAUUGGCAGGCCUACUUCAAUUCAACCCUAAUGACCUUGAAGCGUUCCAUUCUUUUGUCGAAAUUAAUUUGAUAUAAUUGCUUGGUUUUAUAAGUAAUCUAAGGUCAUUGGUAGAUUUUCCGGCCGCAUGCUUGAGGUCUUUAUUGUAGCUGCCUGCCUUUUACUUUACUGCCUUGUUCCAUGGUUGGUAUUUUUUUUUAAUUUAUGUUUGACUUGUCUUAUGUUCUGAUAGGUUUUUGAUUCAGGUGUGUGACAGCUUCUUGGGCACAAUGCUUUAAAUGGUUAUCUUGAUAUCUCGUGAAUGCAGACCCUGAAAUCUUUGGUUGUUGUUGUGGACUGCUCUGUGCUCUUUUGUUGCUGCUUCACUCCAUCUCGUUCCAUGAUCUAGAUUCUUCAUGAGAAGGAUUAUAAAGUUCCUUGUUGCUGUGCCUGGGAUAUGUUCUAAUAGAUCUAGUUUAUGAAGAGAUUCUCUGUUUCUCUUGUUCGCCUUGGCUGAUAUUUGCCACCUGACACUGUCAUUGUGGCUAGAACUUUAUGUGAUUGAGGAAUCUAAAUUUUCAUUAGUGGAGAAUUGUUGAGCUUAUAUGUUUUUGUUUAUCUUCGAAUUUGUACUGUAUAUUGCUUUAUUUGUUUGAGCUUGAGACUAUUGUUCCGUUUAGGGUCUUUCGCUUGACAUGUCAUAACCUGUUCCUUUAUGUUAUAUGAAGACUCUCUUCUGUUCCCACGUCAUUGACUCGGUGGUAGCUGUUCGUCGACGAUCCAAGUUUGAGCAAAUGGAUCAAUCAGAUUUAAUUUUUUGUUCUGGACAGCUCUGUGUGCUAUGAAAGCUGCAUUCUGUAUAAAUUUCUGCUCUCGCCUACUUCGGGCCACGUCUGGUUUCGAGUAUGAGACUAUAGCUUCAUGUAGGGCUAUUUACUUGAUAUGGUCCAAAUUGUGGUUUUGUUACCAUAAAGAUUUGAAUCCCCUCUUCUCACUUACCUCUGACAAUCAUUUUCUUUAGGCCCAGGUUAGAGAAGUAUCUGAUAUGAUGUAGAUUUAAGUAGUUUCUACUUAGAAUACCCCAUUGGACUCUUCUAUAUGUUCUUUAGUCUGUGCAUGCCAUAUAUGCCUUGUCUCGGCAGCAAUGAUGACCAUGCGUAGAUGUUACGGUAGUGCUUAUGUUCGUAAUCCUGUGUUUUAUGAUACAACGUGGCUGGUGCGGCUAUCUGAAAUUGAUGUGCAAUAGCUAGUUAAUUGUAUGGGUGAAGGACUUAAGGUUCCUGCUGACUGGGUUGACUGGCUAGAUUUACAAGUAAUCUGCUGCAUACCAACUUUCAAGGCCUCAUUUCUUUUUUUAUGGUUUCCAACAACUUGCUGAAUACAUUUUUCAACUAGGGUGGUUGAUGUUAAUCUUAAAAUGGGUGUAGUUAGCUGAGUGCAAUGAGUGAUUUGCCUGUUGUUUCUUGUUCUUUACGAUAUUUUGGCAUUCAUCCUUUUUAUGAAGUCCGUUUAGGAUGAUUGUGAGAAAGGAGUUGGUCUAAUCGUCGGUAAAACUGUAACCAGCUAACUACUGUGGCGUUUUGUUUUGUUGUUUUCACCACUGCUGGGGAGCGCCGAUGGUGCUUCACUCGGCCCUGUUGUUGACGUGCGAGGUUCCCUUGGCCAAGAGCUGUGCAGUUGGAAGGUGGUUGAUGGGCUCUUUUGGCGGCUCUGCAAUUGUAAAAUUUUCUGUUUGUUGGGUACUCUACAGAGGAUUAUGUAAAUGUAAUAAUGUCAUUUUAGGUCUUGAAAGAAAAUGGCCAUAUGUAAAUUUGAAGCCAGCGCUAGAAUAGAGGGGAAUAGAAUGG